AUGACCUCUACAUUUUCUGUUGUUAUGCAUAACACCACAAAAGUUCUUCAAACCGCAACAGAAAAUUCUCACAAUAGAUUGGUAAGAGAUCAAAGAGAAUUUAGGGAAAAUGAUACCACAUUAGCUAAUGCAAAACAAUUAGAAAAGGCAGUAAAUGCAUAUUCAAAUGCACUUCAAAUCAACCCAUUUUUUGUAAGAGCCAAGUAUAAUUUGGCAGUUACACUUGUUGAUUUGGGUGAAUUCAAAGAAGCUGCUCAGAAUUUGUUGCAGGCACUUUCGUUACAGACUGGAAAUGACAAUUCAUUAAUGGUUUCAAAAGAGUUGGAGGAAAGUCAUGGUGUAUUAGGUGGUGAGAUGAGUUCAAAUAUUUGGAAUACACUCAGGAUGUGUCUUGGAUUCUUAAAUCGACCUGAUUUAUUUCAAAAAUGGAAUGCUAAAGAUUUGAAUGGGCUUAGACAGGUAAAUGCAUAUUCAAAUGCACUUCAAAUCAACCCAUUUUUUGUAAGAGCCAAGUAUAAUUUGGCAGUUACACUUGUUGAUUUGGGUGAAUUCAAAGAAGCUGCUCAGAAUUUGUUGCAGGCACUUUCGUUACAGACUGGAAAUGACAAUUCAUUAAUGGUUUCAAAAGAGUUGGAGGAAAGUCAUGGUGUAUUAGGUGGUGAGAUGAGUUCAAAUAUUUGGAAUACACUCAGGAUGUGUCUUGGAUUCUUAAAUCGACCUGAUUUAUUUCAAAAAUGGAAUGCUAAAGAUUUGAAUGGGCUUAGACAGGGUCUUGGAUUUUAA